CGCCAGCUUCGAACGGCGCCUUCGGCAGCCUGCCGUGUGCUCUGAGCGGGCUCGGCGCCGCCAGCUUCGAACGGCGCCUUCGGCAGCCUGCCGUGUGCUCUGAGCGGGCCGCAGGACCGCAGUGGCUGCGGCAGGGCCGCGGGGGGAAGGAAGUCUUACACCAACCGCUGCUCUGGGGGAUGUGGUGAAAUGUCAUGGAUGUGGACCUUGCCCUGAAAGGCAGAAAUACGAAACUAGCACCAGCAAGGAAGAAGGCAUGGGACUCUGCCUAGGAGACACCAGGAGCAUGGUGGAGAACUGCUAGCGAUGGUGCCUUAAUGAUGAUAAUUCCAGGGGAACUGGAGGCCUUGCCGUAUUACAGAAGGAGCUUCUUCCUGUUCCGAGCGGCAUUUUGACAGCUGGCUGCAGAGGAGAGCGCGCGGCAGGAUGGGCCCGCGGCGGCGCUGUGCGAGCCGGAGCUGCCCCGGAGAGAAGAAGUAGUGCCUUAUCUGGUUUGAAGAUCUAAGAGAGCUUUCUGUUCGUGUAAGGCUUAAAGGAAAAUGGAAGAAGGUGAGACUUUACAAGGGGAAACAGAGAGGGCAAAAGUUGAACCGUGUGUUGCUCCUGGCCUGGGACGGCAGAUAUCAGUCAGUGAGUUCCUCUGCCACUGCUGCUACGACAUUCUGAUCAAUCCCACCACCCUGAACUGUGGGCACAGCUUCUGCAGGCAUUGCUUGGCCUUGUGGUGGGUGUCGUCCAAGAAGAAUGAAUGCCCUGAGUGCAGAGAAAAAUGGGAAGGAUUCCCCAAAGUCAACAUCCUCCUCAGGGAUGUUAUUGAAAAGCUAUUCUCUGAUGCCAUUGAACAAAGAAAAGAAGAUAUUCAACAGAACAGUGAUGUAGCACGCAGCUUAGCAACUUUCCAAAAGCAUGGGAACGACCAGAUGCCUACAGUUCCAAACACAGGAAGAAUUAAUCCUCGAGGAGGGUUCUUCUCAGGUGUUCUGACAGCUUUAACUUGUGUAGCAGUAGUUCUACUUGGCUAUCACUGGAGUAGCAGAGAAUUUGAAGAUGACCAUCUUGUCCACAAGCCUGUUGCUAAGUGGACUGCUGAGGAAGUGAUACUCUGGCUGGAGCAGCUGGGCCCGUGGGCUUCACAUUACAAAGAAAGAUUUUUACUGGAGAAAGUAAAUGGAAGACUCCUCCUAACACUGACUGAAGAGGAUUUCACCAAAGAGCCUUACAGUAUAGAGAACAGUAACCACAGGAGAGCUAUUAUGGCAGAACUGGAAUGUGUGAAAACUUUAGGUGUUAAACCACCACAGAACCUUUGGGAAUAUAAGGCCGUAAACCCAGGAAAAUCACUCUUUCUUCUGUAUGCACUGAAGAAUUCUCCAAGACUCAGUAUGUUAUACCUAUAUUUGUUUGAUUAUGCAGAAGCUUUCCUACCUUUCAUCCACACAAUUUGUCCUAUGCAAGAAGACAAGUAUGAAGAUACUGUCACAAAACUACUUGACCUUAAAGAUCCUUCUUGGAGGCAAUGGAGAGAAUUCACUGUAAAGUAUUUAUUUUUGCCAUACCAGCUGAUAGCUGAAUUUGCUUGGGAUUGGCUAGAUGUGCAUUACUGGACAUCAAGAUUUAUAAUUGUAAAUGCCAUGUUGCUGUCUGUUCUGGAAUUAUUCUCUUUUUGGAGGCUGUGGUCAAGAAGAGAACUGAAGACUAUUCCUCACAGAAUGUGGAGACAUUUCUGGAAAGUCUCAACCCAGGGACUUUUUGUUGCCAUUUUUUGGCCUUUUAUUCCUCAGUUUGUCUGCAAUUGUUUGUUUUACUGGGCCUUGUAUUUUAACCCAGUUAUAAACAUUGAUCUUGUAGUUACAGAGAUAAGGCGUCUGGAGACACAAGUGCAGUGACUGGCAUUGGAACUCUUGAGCUGUUUAGCUUCUAAAAAUGGACAUUUUAAAUAGACUUUGCUUGUCUUCUUUAUGUAUGUGGCAGUGAAAAUGGUGGAUUAUGUUAAUUUAAACAUACAAAAAAGCUUUAAGAUAAGUUACUCUUAAACCAGCUGAUUCCAAAUUGAAGGAUGAAGGAAAAACGAAUUUUCCAUUGGAAAAAAAAAAAAGCACAUUCCUGUAUAGCCAUGUAAAACUCAUACAGUCAUCUCUCCCUAUUUGUAUCGGAUAAAUUUCUUUAUUCUGUCCUGAGCAUUCUGUGUGUUUUCAAGCCUGCCUUAAAGUCAGUGUCUUCUGCACUGCUACAGUGAUUUCUUUCUUUUUCUUUUUAAACUUAACAUUUCAUACCAACAAUGUGUUCCUCAACUUCAGUUUGCCAAAGGAAUGCCCUUCCUGAAUAGGCUUGAUGUUGAAAGAACUUCAUUUAUUUCAGUCUUUUACAUGUAGCAUUGUGACUGCCCUAUACACAGUCUCACAGUAGAGUUUGCUCCAAAAUUCCUGCAGUUGAAGGCAAAGACUACUUGAAUUUUCUUGUGUCUUGGAAAAUGUGAUAAUUACCAUGGAAAUUUUUUAUUCAACUCAGUUAGACUUCAUCAACAGCUCCUUUCAUUCUCUCUUCUUAAAUUCUGUUGCAAAUUCUUAAAUUCUUAAAUAUCUCUUAAAAAGGAUUAUUUUGGAAAAGUGACCUGACACUGUAAUUAUGGCAAUAUAAUGUGUGUAUCUAUGUGAGCAAAUAUUGACUGGAAAGUUAUUUGUGUAAGCAGGAUUGACAUUUCUUAAUGCAUGUUCCUUUGACUGAAUCAAAAGGUAAUCAACAGAUUUUUUUUCAAUAACUUUGUCCCCUUGCAGUCUGCAUUGGUUUGUUGUUUUGUUUAUUUCAUUUGUGUCAGUAAUGUGAUCUAAAUUUGCCUAUGAAUAUUUUUCACGAUUAAAGAUCUCUCUUGAAAUCU